AUGUUCACCUGCUUUUCAUGCCUUCUUAUGGUGUGGCACACCAUUGUCCUGCUGCUGAUGUUCUGCUACGACUACGAUUCGAAGCAGGCAUUUGCCGUGCGAUUCCUCAUGGUCUCCUCUGGCAUUUUUGUUGUAGCAAAUUGGGCCUUCUGGCGAGACUUCGUGCGGAACUAUCGCGAUUCUCAGGAUGAGGAGAGGCUAGAUUUUGUGGGUUUGUACAAGCUCCAGCUCUUAUGCAAGAUGUACAAAUCCAAGGUCAUCACUUCGCACAAGGUAGCUGAUUUGCGUGCUGCAUCUGGCAGUGAGCCCUUAUCUUGCGCAGCCGCCACGCUUCGCGGAUGUAUUACAACAGACUGCGACAUGCCCAGACUCCACAAUGCUACGUGCAGCCUUGCCAGGAAGGGAGAGGCAGGGGACCGAACAGCUUUGCCCAGACAGGUGCUGAACGGGCAUUUGCAUGGCCUCAUUAGCCGUCUCCUCGACGAAUACCAGAUUCGGACCCGCGACUUCGAAGGACUGGCGAUGUCCUUUUCGGUGCUCUCUCGAAGUGCCAAGGACUCGAAGCGUCCUUCAGAGGCCUGGCUGGCGAGAGCCGCCGAGGUCAGCAUCAUUCCAGAACCAGACCUCGAGGCAUCCGAGACCGACUGCGACUGA